GUGGGAAGCCCCCGGACCCACACCUGUGACUGCACCUGCACAGUUGCACCUGUCACAGGUUUUUGAAACAUGCAUCCUUUACUCUUCCUGGCUGGCCUUUGCUUGGGGGUAGCCUCAGCUGCUCCACAGCUCUAUCAGAGCUUAGAUGCACGAUGGUCCCAGUGGAAGGCAACACAUGGGAAACUAUAUGGCAUGGAUGAAGUAUGGAGGAGAGCAGUGUGGGAGAGGAAUAUGAAAAUGAUUGAACAGCACAAUCGGGAACACAGUCAAGGGAAACACACCUUCACAAUGGCAAUGAAUGCCUUUGGUGACAUGACCAAUGAAGAAUUCAGGCAGGUGAUGAAUGGCCUUAAAAUCCAGAAGCGCAAGAAGUGGAAAGUGUUCCAAGCACCUUUCUUUGUUGAGAUCCCCUCAUCUGUGGACUGGAGAGAGAAAGGCUAUGUAACUCCUGUGAAGGAUCAGGGUUAUUGUCUUUGUUGUUGGGCUUUUAGUGCAACUGGUGCCCUUGAAGGACAGAUGUUCCGGAAAACUGGCAAACUUGUUUCAUUGAGUGAGCAGAACCUGGUGGACUGCUCUCAGACUGAAGGCAAUGAGGGCUACAGUGGCGGCCUAAUUGAUGAUGCUUUCCAGUAUGUUAAGGACAACGGAGGCCUGGACUCAGAGGAAUCCUAUCCAUAUCAUGCACAGGGAGACUCCUGCAAAUACAGGCCUGAGAACUCUGUUGCCAAUGUCACUGACUACUGGGACAUCCCUAGUAAGGAGAAUGAACUUAUGAUCACAUUGGCAGCUGUGGGGCCCAUCUCUGCUGCUAUAGAUGCAAGCCUGGAUACCUUCCGCUUCUAUAAAGAAGGCAUUUAUUAUGAUCCAAGCUGUAGCAGUGAAGACGUGGAUCACGGUGUUCUGGUGGUUGGCUAUGGUGCUGAUGGAACAGAGACAGAGAACAAAAAAUACUGGAUUAUCAAAAACAGGUAUAAAAAGCCAAAAAUACUUAUCUUUGAAAUUGAAAAGGGAAUCCUUUUUGGAAUUAGUGUCUGGAUGCAGGUCCUCAAACCCUUGAGCACACUGCUGAAGUCGCAGAAGUCUUUACCCCACACGGGGGGGAACACAGACAUAUUCAUUGGAUGAUACUAAUAAGGUACUGUCUCAAGUUUGCUAAGGUCCUUGCUAUAGUUUUGGUACCACUGCAUUUCUAAACUUGAAAAUUUUCUUAUUUCUGAAAUACAUCUUGCCCUGAGAGUUUCUUUUUCCUGUCUCUCAUUUUGCAGUUUCGUGAAAGGUUGGGGGAAUAGCUUUCUGUGCAGGUUUGGAACGUAAACCAUGAACAAGAACAGCCUCUCCUGAUACUUUCUGAAUCUGUCUUGGCCUCUGGUGCACUGCUCAGUACCAAGUCCCAUUGUUAAUAAAGACAAAUGUAUUUGAUUUAUUUGAAUAAAAUGGCAAAUGCUGUCUUCUUUCAGCUGGGGUACAGACUGGGGCAUGGAUGGCUACAUAAAGAUGGCCAAAGACCGGGACAACCAUUGUGGAAUCGCCUCUUUGGCCAGCUUUCCUACUGUGUGAGAUGAUGGUGGGAAGAAGACCUUGAUUGGCAACAAAACAUCCAGAAAAUGAAUUUUAAAGCUGACCACACUUUAUUAUGUGGGAUAAAACACUUGAACCUUUGAGGAUACAAGUUGUGAUUUGAUUCUGUGGUAUUUUAUACUGGUAAAAUGUUACUACUUUGCUUAUUACUGCCGUAAACAGCUUUGUAUGAUUGACUCGUCUAAUAUGUCGAAAUUUUAUUGUUUUAAAAGGAUGUAUGAAGUUUUACCUUUUAAAAUAAAGCAAUUAAAAUUU